UCUGCCUGACUCUCUCUCUCUCUGUGCCCCUCGCUUCAUCCUGUCUCUCUGGAACUCCCUCUCUCCGAGACCCUUGCCUUUCUUCAAUCAUCGUGGUCGAUCUCAUCCAAAAGCAAUAUGGCUUUUGGUGACAAAGUAUGAACGGUGGAAUUGUUUUGUUCACCAAAAAAAAAAAAAAAAGUAUGAACGGUGGAUGGCAUAAACCCGAUCGAUGUUGCAGCCGGAGCCCCAUCUUCCGGUCACACCCAUCAUCGCCGACAUCCUCUCUCUCGACCCAUUUUCUUCACAGCGGCGAAGACACCAAGCAGGUUUCGGAUUCGCUGUGUAUAUAAGUAGGAGAUAUUCAGUGUUGGAUUGCAUAUUAGAAUUUUAGAAUUUUUAAUUGCAGUUGGUUGUCCGAUUCCUGCGGCCAUGGGAUCCCAGCCCCUGCCUUCUGCUUCUGAUGAGCAGUUGGCAUCAAAACUCCUCCUCAUCAAUGAUCUGCCUGAUGGCGUAUUGGUUGAAAUCCUUUGCCGACUUCCUUACAAAUACGCUCGUCGAAAUAAGCGUGUGUGCAAGCGGUGGUUGGCUCUCAUCUCUAAUUCUUAUUUUGCUGCCCGCAUUUUAUGCAUGCAAAUUGAUAGGAACAAACCCAUUACGCUGCUGCGUACUCUCUUGUUCUCGAACACUACCGCCAAACCUUCCCCCGCCGGAUUCACCUUUCGUCAUAUCAUCUUCGAUGCUCUGCUUUGGAAAACAAGCAUUGCAGCUCUUCACCUCAUCCCGCGGUUUAAAGGCACAAAAGAAAAGCUAGUGGUGGCCAUGUAUAAUGACUUAGUUUUGUGCUGCCUGACCAAGGAUGAUCCACAUAAAUACUACAUAUGCAAUCCAAACGCCCGGCAAUGUGUUGCCCUUCCUCCCGCCCCCCCCACACCACAAGAUCGCACAAGUGGGAUUCAUCUGCGAUCCCUACUAUGCCAGCCAAGAACAAGAUAAUGGUGGCAGUACUGGUACUAGUAUAACCACCAAUGAUGAGUAUCGGUGCAGGGUUGUGCGAAUUAUUCAACUUGGAAACUAUUUAUCUCAAUUUAAGGUGGACAUCUUCUCUUCAGAAACUGGUGAAUGGAGAGAAUCAGUUGUAUCAUGUCCACAACAAGGUAUUAGUUUUGAUUUCACCUUCAACCGUCCAGGCAUUGCUUACAAUGGAAAGUUGUAUUGGCCGAGUUAUGGUGGCGUUAUCGGGUUUGAUCCGUUUGCACCGCACAACGGUAACUAUGGGUGUCGGUUCAUUGAGUUUGAUGAGCCUUUGGACUAUACAAAAACGGUUGCGUGUCUAGGGAUUUGCCGAGGGCGCCUGCGGAUGUGCCAAUUACAGACGUGGAUGCCACCAGAAACAUUUUCUAAUCCCUAUAAUGAUGGUCGCCCUCUCAUUGUAUGUGUCUCGGAGUUGAAAGAAGAUGAGGCAGCCGGAGGAGGAAGAGUCAAAUGGUGUUUGAUACACAAGGCUUCCUUGGACGAAUUGGAUGUGGGGAAGCAUGAUUUCCUCAACGAUUGUAUAAGAUUGCGCUACAAGAUUCGGGUGCUAGCAGUGGACCCGAAUGAUGGGGAUAUUUUAUACUUGGAGAUGGGUGGACACAUAAUCAAAUGCAACAUUCAAGCAAGAACUUUAGAGAAACCUAGAGGUCAAAGGUAUGGUCGUAACACUUUUGAUUUUUGGCCUUGGAGAGACGUCUGGACAUAUGUGAUUCCAUGUUGGCCAACGCCAUUGCCUAGAGUUGGACUGCCGCCGCUGUCCAGAAAAAGAAAAAGAGAAGAAAAACAGGCUGCCAUAGUCUCCUAGCUAAUUUAUUUUGAUUACUACAGUGACUUAUUUUCUGAAUUUUUCGGUCACAUCAUGAUGUAUUAAACUAAACCGUUUUUGUUAAAACAUGUUUUGGCCAUUCUACAUUUCCUUCUCCGAUGAGGCGGCUAAGAAUGUUGUAUGACGAAAAUACAUUAAUCACAAUUUAAUGGACAAAGAGGUGUAUCCGUAGGGAUAGGGUGAACACUAAUAUUAUGCUUC